AUGAGAAUGAAAACACAUGAAUGUUUAUACAAGAGAAAGAACAGCCAGAUAUCUAUCAAGCUACUAGCAAAAGUGCUUCUUAUAGGAACACUUAUGGGUGUGCAGAAUGUCUUUGGGUUAUUGCCCAUAGAAGAAAUGGAAGAUGUACUAAAAGAAUUAUUAGACAAAUAUAAAAAAAAUAACACUGAAUCAUAUGCGAUUUGGCUUUUAAGCCCGAUUAUGCUAUAUUUGCAUAAAGAGAUAGAUACUCUUCAUAAUGUGCGAUUUAACCCUCGAUACAUAAAUGAGCAGACUGCUGUGCCAGACAAAGAAAAUAUUUUACAGAAUAUAGACCGAACAAACGACACAGUCAGAGAAGAGGAUUCAGAGGGAAAUGAACUCCCAAAGAGCACUGUAGACCACUAUAGUGCACUGAUUAACAUGUUCCCUUCCCCAGAUGGAAAAGUAAGAAUCCAUCCUAAAAAAGGCUGCAAAGACUCUUUCACCUCUUUCUUGAGGAGUGAACAUGUCAAGGAAUAUGCGCAUAGCAUUCUUGCAAUACUUCUUCUGCGGGCAGAGGGAGUGCCCGUGCCGCUGAGAAUUGAGAAUGAGGAAAGCACGUGCCCAAAGCUUACAUGGACUAAUGAGUGCAAUCCAGAAGAGUCCUUCAGUGUUCCCAUAUGCACUACUAGUAUGGAAGGGCAGGAAAGUAAUAGCUCUAGUGAAGAAGCAAAUAUAAAAAAAAUUAACAGGAAACUACUGCAGACUAUUAAGUACUUCCUUAAUGCAGAAUUCAGCCAGGAGCUUAAAGAGAGUAUAGCGCAGCAGGAGUCAGUUGAGAAAGAAAAUUAUUGGGAGAAUGAGUUUACUGAGACACCUGCCUGGCUUAUACAAUUGUACAUAUAUUACUAUCUAGAGACUAAGAAGAAUGCAAUUGACUUUUAUGAUGAGGUAGCCGAAAAAUUAAGGUUUUGCAUGGAUGUGUUUAUUCAGGAUAGUAGUUAUAAAGAUAUUAUAAUGGUGUUCUUUAAAAAACUCAUCAUACGCCAAAAUACAAAGCCAAGCAUAUUAAAGUGGUGGAAGGAAGUAAAAUGGAUUAAAAAUGUAGUUGAGGCUGUGAAAGAACCCCAGCUACAUCCCUUCAAAGAUAAUAGUCAGCUCCCUGCUAAAAAAACAGUUCAAGAAAAGAGCGAAGAAAAUAACAAAGGAAAUAAUGAAGAAAAUAAUGAAGAAAAUAUACAGUCGAAAGAAGGGCUAAUUUCAAGUGAUAUAGAGUCUGUGCUACUUACUCUACUAUGCUGCUUUGUAUACAAUCCGAAGACAGAUAAAUACAAUGUUGAGCAAAUUCCGCACGCGCAGGAAGAAGUAAAGAAUCUGUUUGGCAUGCCAUCUAAAAACACAAGUACCACUAGCGAUUCAUCUGAACCGUGUGGAAAUCCAGAUAUAGGCACAACACCAAGCAAUAAUAUACCUGUUAUUCAGCUAAGAGAGGAAAUGCCACAAGAGGUUUGGAGCAAGUGGAGUGAAAUAAUUCAGAACAUAGUGGAGGGUGAUGAAAACAUAAGUUACAUAACUGUAGAGAAUAAUAAGCGUGUGAUUCAACCCAAUAUUUUAAAUAUUCUCAUAAUAAUGAUAAAACUCACAGGAAUGGAUUAUGAUGAAAAUAUAACCCGAAUACAGAAAUAUAGAGACAGGCUGCAAGACCCAAAGUUGAUGCGUAAUGAUGACCUAGUAAAGUCUCUUGAGUCUGAAAUUGCAAACUAUGCAGAAGAGAUAUUUUCUCAGAUGGGAAAAGAAUUCUUAAGUGAUGAAACACCAGCAGAUGAGGGCUUAGUGUCUUCUACACCUUCUAAAAAUGAGAGGGAAAUAUAUGUGUUUUUCAAGAAGUAUAAUACUCAGAUGGUGAGUGAUAAAAACCAUUUGGAUGAGUAUAUAAUUAUUCAUUAUGCCACAGAAGAUAGAGCUGAGCCAAUAAUUAUUUGUUCUAUGCGACCAGAAAAAGUUUAUUUAGGAAUUGGCAAGUGUUUUAUAAUAUUAGACAUUCCGAAAGACAGCUAU